AUGGAAGAAGACAUGGAUACUUAUCACCGUUUCACACGUAAUGUUCGACUGACAAAUAUUGAGUUUUGUGGAGGCACAGAGUGCUCACCAAGUGCGAAGAUCAGAUAUCAUAUGGAACAUGCUGCUGCCCUAAUGAUCUAUUUGAACUUGAGACCAAUCUUCUUGAUCUCUUUAUUUGCCCAACAUGUGUUCCAAGUGUUCCCUCCGACUACAACUUCUUCUUUUUCUCUGGAAAAGGGAGAAAAUUGGGAAGUUAUAGAAAUGGAAAGAACUCACUGUCUCUGUGACAAUCCGUACAACAUUGAUCGUAAUCCUGGUUCCGCAUCCCGCACACUCUUCGACUUCCUCGCCUGA